GGUUAUGGAUUAACCUGACUCCCAGACUGACAUGGAGGUACCUGGACGAAAUCGCAGUUUCUCCUUGGCCCACCCCUGUGUAGGCUUGUGGCAAGCAUCUUAUCUCCUCCAAGCUUUUGGGUCCCAUCCCAUGAAGUGGAGACAGGUGUCAGCAGCUCCAGGAUGUGGCAAUUCAGACUCUUCCUGCUGCUCACGUCCACCUGGGGAAUUUCUAGCAUCCCAGCCCAUCCUGAGCCAGUGUUCUCCAGCAGCGAGCAUGCCCACCAGGUGCUUCGGGUCAGACGUGCCAACAGCUUCCUGGAGGAGAUGCGGCCAGGCAGCCUGGAACGGGAGUGUAUGGAGGAGAUCUGUGACUUCGAAGAGGCCCAGGAGAUCUUCCAAAAUGUGGAAGACACACUGGCCUUCUGGAUCAAGUACUUCGACGGUGACCAGUGCUCGGCUCCGCCCUUGGAUCACCAGUGCGAUAGCCCAUGCUGCGGGCAUGGCACUUGCAUCGACGGCAUGGGCAGCUUCAGCUGCAGCUGCGAUAAGGGCUGGGAGGGCAAGUUCUGUCAACAGGAACUGCGCUUCCAGGACUGUAGGGUGAAAAAUGGCGGCUGCUUGCACUAUUGCCUGGAGGAGGGCAACGGGAGGCGCUGUGCUUGUGCCCCGGGCUAUGAGCUGUCAGAUGACCACAUGCACUGCAAGUCCACCGUGAAUUUUCCAUGUGGGAAACUGGGGAGGCGGAUGGAGAAGAAACGCAAGAUCCUCAAACGGGACAUAGACCCAGAAGAGGAACUGGAACCAGAUCCAAGGAUAGUCAACGGAACACUGACAAAGCAGGGUGACAGUCCUUGGCAGGCAAUCCUUCUGGACUCCAAGAAGAAGCUGGCCUGUGGAGGGGUGCUCAUCCACACCUCCUGGGUGCUGACUGCAGCCCACUGCUUGGAGAGCGCCAAGAAGCUGACCGUGAGGCUUGGUGAGUAUGAUCUGCGGCGCAGGGACCACUGGGAAUUGGACCUGGACAUCGAAGAGAUCCUUGUCCACCCUAACUACACCCGGAGCGACAGCGACAACGACAUCGCACUGCUCCGCCUGGCCCAGCCAGCCACUCUCUCUAAAACCAUAGUGCCCAUCUGCCUGCCAAACUAUGGCCUGGCGCAGGAGCUCACUCAGGCUGGCCAGGAGACGGUGGUGACAGGCUGGGGCUACCAAAGCGACAAAAUCAAGGAUGGCAAAAGGAAUCGCACUUUCAUACUCACCUUCAUCCGCAUCCCUUUGGCCGCUCGAAAUGAGUGCGUGGAGGUCAUGAGCAAUGUGAUCUCAGAGAACAUGCUGUGUGCGGGCAUCAUUGGUGACACGAGAGAUGCCUGUGAUGGUGACAGUGGGGGACCUAUGGUGGUCUUCUUUCGGGGUACCUGGUUCCUAGUGGGCCUGGUGAGCUGGGGCGAGGGCUGUGGGCACCUCAACAACUAUGGCGUCUACACCAAAGUGGGCAGCUACCUCAAAUGGAUCCACAGUCACAUCGGAGAAAAGGAUGCCUCCCUUAAGAGCCAGAAGCUGUAGCACACCCCUUCUGCUCAUCUCUGGAUCCCAGAAGUCGCUCUCAGAGUAAGGCUGGGCUAGUGAGGAAAUUAAAGGGGCAUGCAACAAACCUA